AUGCAAGGAAUGACAGUUGAACAAAAAUGUUCUUGCUUUUUCAAUGUUGAUGCCACAUUCGAAGUCCCAAGACAAGAAGAUUUCUGGACCGUUUAUGCCUGCUGUCUCAUAGAGUAUAACAAAUUAAGUACAAGGCAAGAAGGAAUACCUGCUAAUAAGAGAAGAAAUACUAGUGUGUGCAUUGAAGGCAUAUGUGAAGCAAAAAUCAAGAUUACAUAUAUCAUUGCGACUCGAACUGUUCGAGUUGAACAUUUCAAGAAUACACCUCACCAUAGUCAUCCAAUUGAAGACAGUGAUUUGCUAAAUACACUGGAAGUAAUUCGACAAUUGGUAGCCCAAGAGGCAAGUAAAUCCUACUUGCCGUCAAGUAUCGUCAUGACAGUCAAGGAACUUGUUCAAAAAAAUGACAUCAGCACACUUGCUCAAAACUUGACUCAAAAAGACGUUGCUAAUAUUUAA